UCUAGGGCUCCUCAUUCGAUCGCGAUCGAUCGAUCGCAAUGCAGGCUUCGUCUCCUUCGCCGACGAUCUCCACUGUCACAGAGACGGCGCUGACGUACGAUGAGGUCUCGAUGCAUCGGAGCCGGCAUUUCGUCAUGGCUUUGCAGGAGCUCAAGAAUUUGAGACCACAAUUACACUCUGCCGCGGAGUACUGCGAAUCCUCGUAUCUCUACAGCGAGCAAAAGCAAGCCGUUUUGGAAAAUCUUAAGGACUACUCUGUGAAAGCGCUCGUCAAUGCAGUAGAUCAUCUCGGCACCGUAGCGUGCAAGCUCAAUGAUCUUCUCGACCAGCAAAACUCCGAAAUCGUAUCUGCCGAUCUCCGGAUUUCAUCGCUCGCUCAGCGCUAUCGAACCUGCCAAGAGUACACGGACCGUGAAGCUCUCAAACAGCAGUGCCUCUACAAAACAUAUCCUCGGCACCACAAGCAUUAUAGUUUCCCAGAGAAUGGCGAUGUCGAGUUGCCUAAAUCACCCGUGACUGGACCUGAAAGUCAGAAUGAUUCCCCUCGAAUGGUCUCUACUGGUAAAAGUCCGCGGGUGCAAGAAAUUGAGAGAGACGCUUCUACUUAUGGCACUCCAGGUCGUGCUGGUGUGGAUUCUAAGGCUGGAUCACCUCAACCAAUGGCAAACAGCAACGGAACAAGGCGUGACGUCGCGCAUGAUACGCUUCCGGUGUCGCCACAAGUAGUAUCAGGCGGAACGCCACGAUCCAACAAAGGAUCUCCCGCAGAGGAAUCAAAGUCAUUGUCUUCCCUCAUGUCCACUGAUGGAGAGCGUCCUACAAAAGAUCUCCGCUCAGUUCCUUCCCGUAGCAAGAACAUGUUCAUGUCCUUGCUUGGGAAAACCAAGAGCCUUAAAUCAUCGAAGAGCACUGUCUGAUGAAAGUCGUUCUUCUUCUGUAUCUACUACUGUAAAAGGUAUUGUUUUUUUUCUUU